AUGAAGAUUCAUAAUCACUUUUGUGCAAUUUUCUAUCUUACAUUUCUAGUGAAUCUGACAGAGUGGAUCAAAUGAGCAACAACUUUAGAGAAUUGGGACCUCUCUGUAACUGUUGGUGGACCAGGAAAUUUAUACUCUUCAAGCGGAGGAGCUGCUUUUCAGAGAUUUUAUGCCCAGAGAGGAACUCCUGCACAUAUAGCUGAUACCAAUUCUCAAGGGUUCAUCUUCCAAAGAACUGGAUCAGAUGCUUGCACUCCUUCAGAUGCAUCUUAUAAUACAGGAAUUAUAAGCGUCAGCCUAUAUGUUUAUAUCAAAGAUCUGGAAUCAAAGCAGUAUCUUUAUUGUAGAUCCCAUCAAUCUGGCACUGAUUUUGAUAGAGGCUUCUGAGCAGGAAUUGAGAAUGGAAGAUUCUUUGCAGAAAUAAAUUCUGCUGGAGUUUUUCCAUAUGGAGGUGACUAUGUUGAAACACAGUUUCUUGGAGCUAAUUAUGCGAAAGGAUGGAAUAUGGUAGGAAUCUAUAGUGGCCCAGCAGGAACAAGCAUUAAUAAUGUAAUGUUUAAUGGUACAGGAUCUUCUGCCGGCCCAGUCCUACAUACAUCAGGACAAUUUAUUGAUGAUGAUGCUCUUGUAAACUGAAUUGGAGGAAGAAGAACAUCGACAACAGCAGCAAGAGAUUCUUUAAGAGGGAUGAUACAUGGAGUUACAAUCUACUCAGACCAAGUUUUACCUGCUGAUUUGUAUGCUGCCGUUUCAUUAGCAUGAAAUGCUCCUUGAUCAAUAUGACCUGCUGCUUCUGCUCCAACUUGUCUUGAAUAUGUUAAUAAUGCAUUAAUUGCUAGUUGGGAUUUUACUCAAGGUACCUAUGUUACAAAUAUACCUGAUACAGGUCCAAAUGGACUAGAUCAAGUUCUUCAAGAUGAUCAUUCUAUUACUGGGUAUGAUCCUAUUUUUGUUGAUAACCAAGGUCUCUACUUUGAUGGAACCUCAAAUGUGAGAACCGCGGGAACAUGGACUCAAGAUGAAGUAAGAUCCAUAACUGUAGAAGGCUGGAUCAGACCUUUUGAAUCUACUUUAACUGGGAAAUUGUUUUCUUUUGAGUCUGCGCCUAAUACUGAUGAGUUUUCUAUAAACCUGAAAGAGAACACAUAUGAAGUAAAAUUUGGGACAACCUCUGUUUCUGUUCCUUUUUCUUCUUAUUCUGCUACUGAUGUAAAUGUUUGGCAAUAUUUUGGAGUAAGUGUUCAAAGAAUUGGAGAUGCUGAAUCAGAAGUUUGUGCUGUGUUCGGAACUGGAACUGAGGCUUGAGCAACUGUUCCAGCUUUUCUGAACGUUGGGCCAGACAAUCUUCAAGUAGGCAGUGAUUUUAAUGGUAUGAUAAAAGACAUGAGAGUUCUUGAUUGGCCAAAAACUGCAGCUGAAUUUACUCAUUCUUAUCAAACUGGAUGAGUAGCAUUUCGCGGAACUGCAUGAACACAUUGCAAAUAUGAUACUAAUUUAUGAGAUAAUACAUGAGAUAAAGACACUUAUGGAGCUAAUUGAGAUCCUUGUCUAUCCCCUUUUUGUACUUCAUGUUAUGGAAACACAUAUACCCAAUGUUUUGAGUGAUCUGGAGCCUAUACCUUCACUUUUGCAGGACAAAGCUGAGAUCCAGUUUGUGGAAAUGGGCUUGUAGAAACUGCAGCAGGAGAAGCAUGAGAUGACGGUAAUUCUAAUGACAAUGAUGGUUGCUCUUCUGCUUGUGUUGUUGAGCCCAACUGGACAUGAAAUAACCCAAGCGCAAAUGCACCCUCUAUAUGAGCCAGAGCUUGCACUCCUGGAAACUAUUACGGUUAUCAUGAAUGAAAUGAUGGUAAUGGAGCUGAUGGAGACGGUUGAGAUUCCACCUGUAAAAUUGAAAGAGGUUGGAUGUGAAUUGAUGGUACCAACACAGCACCAGAUAUUUGCAAUGAAUUAUGAGGAGACGGAAUAAAUCUUGGAAAUCUUCCAUGAGAUGAUGGAAAUAGCAUAGAUGGAGAUGGAUGUAGUGCAGCUUGUGAUAUUGAAAAUAUAUUCCUUUGUUCUAGUGGAAAUCCACUUGCUCCAGAUCACUGACAUGAAUGGUGCGGAGAUGGCUUCAGGUUUGAAAAUCCUUGGCUUUAUAAUCCUCGAAGAAAUUUGUUCAGGCUUCAAGAAGUAACAUGAGAUGACGCAAACUUAAGAUCUGGAGAAGGAUGUGAUGGGAAAUGUAGGAUAGAAGAAGGGUUCACAUGAGCGGGAGGAAAUGCUACUCAUCCAGAUGUAUGUAAAGAAGAAUGAGGUGAUAGAAGACAUUUCUAUUAUGACCAAUGAGACGAUGGUAAUCUAGAUGCUAACGAUGGAUGUGAUGCUAACUGAUUUAUUGAAAGUGGCUGGGAAUGUUUAGAUGGUUCACCUGAUAACGUGACAUCUUGCCAAGAAUUAUGUGGAGAUUACAGAAACAGAGGAUGGCAUACCUGCGAUGAUGGAAAUGUAGUUGAUGGUGAUGGAUGAAGCUCGACGUGACACACAGAAUCAAAGUGGAGAUGUACAGGAGGAGAUAAAGAAGUAGGAGAUAAAUGUAACGAAUUGUGUGGUGAUGGUAAAAAUGAUGGUAACCUCCCUUGAGACGAUUAUAAUCUCCUAGUAGGAGAUGGAUGUGAUGCAUCAUGACAGAUUGAAGUAGGCUGGAAUUGAUCAGGAGGAUCAGCAACUGCUAUGGACACUUGAAUUGAAAUUUGUGGAGAUGGACUAAUGAAAGGAAUGUGGGCAUGAGAUGAUGGUAAUUUAAGAGAUGGAGAUGGCUGAAGUGCAGUUUGAACAAUUGAAAAGGGUUGGAUGUGUCGCGAAGGAGAUCCUGCCUAUUGCUACAAAAAUUUGAGACCAUGGAUCACUAAUUAUUGGAUAACUCAGAAUAGCUCGUUCAUCUAUUUUGAAUUCAAUACAACAGUGAAAUUAGCGACUCAUUGGGAACAGGGGAUUAGUUGGGACCUAAAGUUGGAAGGUCCUUUAGAUGAAUAUAAAUAUUCUUGGACAGUUAUAAAUGCUACAGAGCAUAAGAAAGUGCCAACCAGCGGGUUCUUUAUCUAUAUUGACUAUCCAGAUCAGCUAUUUGAUUAUGACUUUGAAAAUAUAACUUUAUAUUUCAAUGACUCUAGCUCUGUAAUUGACUCGACCAAUGAAUUUGAAAUGGUCGAUCAAGCUAUACAAUUUUAUCUCCAUGGAAAGGAAAGAGAUGUUCCAAUAGAAGAUUGGAUCGGAAUUUCCCUAUUUGCUGUUGGAUAUGCUACAUUGAUUGGAUUUACAGUUGGUCUUAUUUUUCUAGGGUUCCCUGGCUGGACAAUGAUAGAUAUAAUUUGUGCUCUUCAAUUAGUUCAUUUAAUACCAGUUGCUAGAUUGUAUAUUCCAACAGUGCUGUUAAGAUUUUUCCAGAUAUUCAAAUAUUGUAACUUUGAACAUAUUGCUUUCGGACAAUGGAAGUUUACAAGAGCAAUUGAUAGGGAUGGAUUCACAAAGAAUGAUUCUCCUAUAAAUUAUAAUUUUCUGAAGAUGGGAUAUGAUAAUAAAGCAUUCUUUUCAUUAACAAUUGAUGUAUGGUUUUUCAUGACAAUGGCUUGAUUCAUCCCGGCCCUUCUAAGUGUAUAUGCUACAAUUUUGCCAAAGAAUAAAUUUGCAAGAAAUAUCCAGAGUAGCACAUUAGGGUCUUUCUUCAGUCUUUUGAUCAUUAUCUCGAUGUGUAAACUAACUUUUGCUGCAGUAAUGAACUACAGAUUUUUUAACGUUGAAACAACGAGUGAGGCAGUCGGAUCAAUUGGUUCCGUAAUUUAUCUGAUUUUCUUAGCAACUGUGUUUAUGUUUCUUUGGGCAAUGGCUUUAUAUUAUUGGGAUGAAAUUUCAAAAUCAAAAAGUAGAGAUGAAGAAAUCGAAGAUAUAAGGAAGAAAAAUUGGAAAGGAACUCAUUUAUUUUAUCAAUAUAGAACAGAUCACUUUUUCCACUAUUGCUACCCUCUCUACUUUAUUAUGAGAAGAUUCUUUAUGUCGGUAAUAUUUGUGUAUUGGCAUGACCAAAGUUACUAUCAGCUUCUUUUUCUUUCAAUGUUAUCUGUAUUCAGUUUAGUCUGGCACACCGCAUACAUGCCAUUCAGAUCUCGUCUCCGUAACAUCAUCCACACAAUAUUUGAAUUUGGAUACUUAACACUCUGUCUAAUGCUGUUUCCUUACGUUUAUCCUAACCUAACAAGUGACAGGUUUGAUAAAUACCCAAUCUUCGUAAUCACGAUCUACGGAAUAAUCUUCCUUGCUGGCCUGCUAACAGCUAUGCUAGGCAUGUACAAAGGUCUUGAGGACAAGGAGAAUGAUAUUCCAAUAAACGAAGAACCUGCUAUUGUAGUUACUCUUGGGCCAUCCCCUCAAGAUGUUCUCCAAGCCUUCAGAGAAGGCGAAGAUGUUGUAAAAACACCAUAUUAUGAAGAAGACAAUAUUGACGCAACUGAAGAAUCAGAAGAAGCCGAAGAGUCAGAAGAAGAAAAAGAAGAGAAGAAAGAAGAAAUAGAGAAGGAACAAUCUGAAGCAGAAGCUGAAGAAGAGUCUAGUAAGAGCUCUUCGUCUGAAGAAAGUGAGUCAGAAGAAAUUUCAGAAACAUCUUCAGAGGACAGUAAGGAGGAUGCAGAUAAGUAUGCAGAUACUAGAAAUAUUCCUCAUGCAGAUGUAAGAUUAGAUAAUAAUACCCUCCAAAAUGCUGUGAAACUUGCUGGGGCAAAACAAGUUUCUAAGUAAUAGUCUUUACUUAAA